CCCCCGAGGCCAGCGGCCCCUCCCCCCGAGCCAUGGGGCCGGUCCCAGGGGGCCCAGGCUGUCCCGACGUGUCCCCGGAGUCCUGGCCCAAGGUCUCGGCGCUCGAGGGGCCCGCGCCUGCUGCGAAGCCUACGCGGGAGGCCGCGGAGGACUCUCAGUCCUCGUCCUCGUCGCCCUCCUGGCCCUCCUCGCGGCCGCCCACCGCGGGGGUGGGCAGGUCGCCACUGCGCUGGGCCGGGUGGGGUGGGAUGGCGGCCGGCACGUUGCUGGAGGCCGGCCUGGCCCGGGUGCUCUUCUACCCGACGCUGCUGUACACCCUGUUCCGCGGGAAGAUGCCGGGCCGGGCCCACCGCGACUGGUACAACCGCAUCGACUCCACGGUGCUGCUGGGCGCGUUGCCGCUGCGGAGCAUGACGCGCCGGCUGGUUCAGGACGAGAACGUGCGCGGGGUGAUCACCAUGAAUGAGGAGUACGAGACGAGGUUCCUGUGCAACUCCUCAAAGGAGUGGAAGAAUUUAGGAGUCGAGCAGCUGCGGCUCAGCACGGUAGACAUGACUGGAGUCCCGACCUUGGCUAACCUUCAGAAAGGAGUCCAGUUUGCUCUCAAGUACCAGUCACAAGGCCAGUCUGUCUAUGUGCACUGUAAGGCUGGGCGUUCCAGAAGUGCCACUAUGGUGGCAGCGUAUCUGAUCCAGAUGUACAACUGGACUCCAGAGGAGGCCGUGAGAGCCAUCACCAAGAUUCGGUCACACAUCUACAUCAGACCUGGCCAGUUGGAAGUUCUCAAAGAGUUCCACAAGGUUAUCACUGCAGGGACAGCAAAGAAUGACACUUGUCACACAUUACAGAGCUGAAGCACAUGGAUUUAGAAAGACCUCAAGACAACCCGGCUUGCUACAGAAUGAAAAUGUUUAACAGGACCAAAGGGGCUUAAGCCUAGACUUGACAGAAUAGAAAUGUGCUAAGUAAUGGUUAA